CAUGUAGAAAAGCACAGGUUUAUUGGCUUAUGGUCUGGCAAUGGAUAAUAGAAAUGACAGGUAAAAAAAUUCAAUAUAAACCAGAGACACUAUUAUUAGGAAUAUUAGGAAAAAACAUAAACAAAGUUGAUACAUACUUAACCAUACAUGUGAUAACGGUGGCAAGAAUUUUGUUUGCUCAAAACUGGAAGGCAACUGAAGUGCCUAGCGAGGAUGCAUUAAUAAGGAAAAAUAUGUAUUGCACAGAAUUAGAUAAGAUAACUAAAGAAUUAAAAAAUCAGGAAGAAAUAGAAUAUUAUUUAAUUUGGAACAAAUUUUACAAGGAGGGAAAAAAGAAUAGUGUCAACAGAAAAGACAUAAACAGAGGAAGAUACUAGGAAUGUAUAGGUGUGUGUAUAUAUAUAUAUGAAAAUAUCUAUUUAAAUGUAUAAUAUGGAAUGACAAGGCAAAAAUAUAUGUCAAAGACGAUUACCAUGUUCAAUGUUUUUAAUUUCUUUUUCUUUUCUAUAUUCAAUAAAAAUCUAAUUUAAAAAAAAAAGAGAAAAAAAAGAAAAGAGCCAGCUUGCCUGAAGGACUCUUGCUGCAAGCAUGGCUAAUAUUUGGUACUCUUUAUCCUGCCUAUUACUCUUACAAAGCUGUAAAAUCAAAGGAUAUUAAAGAAUAUGUGAAAUGGAUGAUGUACUGGAUCAUAUUUGCACUCUUCACAACAGCAGAGACAUUCACAGACAUUUUUCUUUGCUGGUUCCCAUUUUAUUAUGAACUCAAAAUAGCCUUUGUAGCUUGGUUAUUGUCUCCAUAUACAAAGGGCUCCAGUCUUCUAUAUAGGAAAUUUGUACACCCAACUUUAUCUUCAAAAGAAAAGGAAAUAGAUGAUUGCUUAGUCCAAGCAAAAGAUCGCAGCUAUGAUGCCCUGGUGCAUUUUGGGAAACGGGGGCUAAAUGUUGCAGCCACAGCUGCUGUAAUGGCAGCUUCCAAGAUCACCCAGCUCCUUCAUUUUCUAUUGCAUUUGGAUCUGAAAGACGGGCAGGGUCAAGGAGCGCUGUCAGAGAGGCUCCGGAGUUUUAGCAUGCAAGACCUUACCACAAUUAGAGGAGAGAGCAGCAGCACUGCAAUUCCACUUUCUCCUGCCCCAUCAGUUUUUGCACGGGCAAGUAGCAAGCAGAGUCAGCUGAAAACUUCCAAAAUUGCAUCAGACAGUAUUGGAUGUUCAGAAUAUACAUGUUGUUCAGUUUGUCAAAUUGUGCAAGUGGUUCAACUAGAUGAUGAGGCAAAGAAUGAAAAGCCACUUGAAGCAAACUCUAAACCAACUGACAUUGUGUUGUCAGAGGAUGAAGAGAAUGGCUCAUUGGAUAGCACAUCCAAGCCUAAAAGUUCCCCCUCAAAGGACCCAAUCAUUGAGGCACCGCCUAGGAGCCUUAGACCUCGUUUCAGGAAAAAAAGUACCUCAUCUUCUCCUACUGAAACCACAAGCGUGUGAGGAACCAUCCAGCACCAAGAUCCACAGAAUGCCUCUCUUCUGCCUUAAAAGAUCUACAUUAUUGUAUGUGGGGGGGGAGGGGAACAGUGGUGAGAGGGAUGUGUUUGUGAUAUUGUAGCAUAUUAGGAAUGAACUUUCUUGUUCCCCUUUUCUUAUGCUGCCAUUUGUGUUGCAUUAUAUUUUCCAUUGGCAGAAGCAAUGUUUCUUCUACCCUUUUGAUUUCUUUGCAGAAUAUUUUUUUUUCCCAAGCUACAGUAAGCCAUUAAGUUACAUGAUUUUAGUUUUAGCUCUGUUAAUGAACUUAGAAAACAAAUUCUUCAUCUGUUUUAAAAUUAUAUUUAUUUGGAGCUUAAUAAUAAAUAUAAUGUGGACUGAUAGGGGCCACAGAUUUUUCAGACUGUGAAUGAUGUAUUAAUUGUUUUGACAAGUAGUGAAAAUGUAAAAACAGAUCUAAAUAUGUUACUAUUUCUUCUGUGCAUUCAUUUAUGGAGUUAGUUACUGUAUAUUCUGUCACUAAAUCUGUAUAAAAAUGGACCCACUGGAGUCUUAGAAAUGUAGAGAUGAGAAACAUAUUUAUAGGACUAUACACUGUUGAAUCUUUGUUUUGAUGCCGUAACUUUCUUAAAACUGAUGUCAUUAUGUUCAACUACGAAAUCAGGUAGACAUUGCAUUCACACUAAUAGAGCUAGAAUUAUGCUAUUGAGAAAUUCAUAAAAACACAUAAAAAUGUAUAAAAACACAUUGGUACAGUAUUAUCUAACAUGUUGACCAUUUUAGUGGGCUAUUGUGCGACACGUCUAAGGCAUGUUUAUGGUUGCAGUAAUGAAUACUAGGGUGCAAAUCAUAAUUAGUUUUGGGUGCAAAUCAAUCCUCUGUCCAUAUGAUUUUAAUCCUGUCAUUCUCCCAGCUCACAUUAGCAUUUAAUUUAGAGAAGUUCAUAGAUUUCAGCAGUAAUAUAGCUUUUGGAAUAGAUUACAACAGUCUGUAGUUAGAUGAUACGUUUGUAAUUAUAGAAAAGUUCAAAACAAGGACAACAUACUAGGAUUGGUGUAUUUUAGCUUUGGAUUGAUGUCUCCUAUAUAUGUAAAGCAUGUGAAAUCUUGAAGAUUAUACUAUAUACGUUUGUGUUUGCCUUUGUAGCUAUCUCAUUAAAAACAAAAGUAUUGUAGAACAUAAAUAUGUUGACAUUGAGGAUAAGUAGAUUGUAUAUGACAGCACUUAUCUAAUCUCUUUCAGAUAAGAGUAUGAAAUGACCAUAUUUCAGUCUCCAUUGUCAACAUUAUAAAGUGGAUAUUUGAAGUAAAUAUACAGGUAAUCCCAAGUUAUGAGCAUUCACUUAACGCUUGUUUGAAAUUAUGUGAUCAGCGCCCCCUAGUACUUACUAGCAAAUCCCAAAAUUACGACUACUGCAGCACCACAGCAGUUGUUCGCCCUUGAGUGACCCGCCGCAGAGGUUCUGCAAUAUUCACCCUAUUCCUCUCCCUACUCCCCACAACUGCUUCUCCCUCCCUCCCUACUGUGCUGGACUCACUUACCUUGCAAAAUCUGUCUCUUCUCUGCUGCGGUUUCUUUCCCUUUGAGGGAGAGUUGGCUUGGAAAUGCUUUUUGCGCCAACAAUGGAAGCUCCUGGGUGCUGUAAUAUCGCGCGACUUCAAACACAAAUUCUCUGCAAAAGAGAUCAUGGCCCCCAGAAGCUUCAAUUCUCUGGGGAGGGGAGUGUUUGCUUCAUUUGCAUGCCUAUGGGGCAAAGCGUGGAAUCGGAGUUGGUCAGGCGCAGGAACCAAUGCUGUCUGUGGCCUGGGUGCGGUGCUCACUCACGUGCGACAGCCUUUGCUUGAGGACAGGAACGAAGCCUUCAACUGAGUGGGGAGGCAUCACGGGGCCAGGUCCCUUGCACCCACCUCCAAGCUGGCAGCAGCGGCAACCACCUGAGUGGCCAUGAUCCCCUCCCCAGUCAGCCACCUGCCUCAUCUGACCUAGUUCUUGCCCGGCCAGCCGGUUGGCACAAAUCCUCAUCACUCUUAUCAUCACCAUCAUCCUCACUCAAUGAGCAGCAGCAGCUUGAGUUUCUCUGCUCCAAGUGAAAGGAAAUGGAGGUGCAGAGCAGGAUUGCUCUCAAUAAGGCCAGCGCACCUACAUCUUGAGAGCAAUCCUGCUCUGCAUCUCCGGUUUCUUCCUUUGGAACGGAGCUGAAAAACUCAAGCUGUUGCUGCUCACUUUUUAUCCAAAUGUAGACCUGAGAUAGAUUGGAAAGUCUGUGUGCCUGCAGUGGGGCACUUCAGAAAUGGAAAGGAAUGCUCUGUGUGACUGCUUGAAACUCCAUGUGAUUCAGGUCUCCAGUCAAAUGAAAGGUAUUUGAGCGGCACGCUUGAGUUUGUCUGCUCCUUCUCAGUGAAAGGAAAUGGAGGCGCAGAACAGGAUUGCUCUCAAUAAGGCCAACUCGUUCCAUGUUUUCGCAGGAUUGCUCUCAAUAAGAGCGAGCUGCGCUUUGGCUGUUUUCACCAGGAAGGGGUUUGAGAAAUGGCUUUUUCCUGGCAAAAACAAGCCUCUGAGCCUUGAUGCUGGUGGAGAGAGGCAGCGGCGCCAGAUCAGACCCUUCCCAGAUCAGACCCUUCCCCAAAGCCUCCCUUCACUAACUACCUUUCUAGCUCUGUUCUCCGCCACUGCUGCAGGGCAACAAAAGAAGCAUGUGGGACUACGGGUUAACAAAAAAAGUUCAACUAGACCAGUGGUUCUCAACCUUCCUAAUGCCGCGACCCCCAACCAUGUGGUCGUAAGUCGAGGACUACCUGUAUUUCCCUACGGGCGGGGGCAGGAGGUGCGCAAGCUCCGCCUCCUCUCCUGCGGCUGGAGUACACGCCGGGCCGGCCAAGGGCGCAUGCGAGCCGUCACCCAGCAACCGCCUCAGCCCAGGAGCACCGCGCUUGCAUGGUGCUGCCCCCUGCGCCGGCCGAGGAAUAGCUGGCAAGGCGCCGCCGCCUGCAAUUUCAUCAUGCGGAGGGCUCAGCUUGGACCGGCCAGCCACGCAGCUGAGCUGGCCCGGGGGCGCGUUUCAAGCAUCCAGACGUCAGUGGGGAACUGGCGGGGCCGCUACACACCGCCCGGCUCCUGACAGCCAGCUGAGAGUCGGCCCCACACAGGCCAGCUACCCUCCCAGCGCCCACCGCUGCCCCGUUAGCCUUACCUUGGCCACCACCUGUUCGCUGCGGUGGCAGGCAGGCCCAGGCGCUCCUGGGAGGCCAUGGCAAGUGGCAGCAAAAGCACAGGCCGACCACCAGCUGGGCCACCAGCUGGCCCAGCCCAAGGGAAGUAAGCCACCCGCUGGGCCCCACACGCGCCAGCUACCCUUCCUGCGCCCGCCGCUGCCCCGCUAGCCUUACCUUGGCCACCGCCCGUUCGCUGCAGCGGCAGACAGGCCCAGGCGCUCUUGGACGGCCAUAGCAAGCAGCAGUGAUGGCACAGGCCGACCACCAGUUGGGCCACAAGGUGGCCCAGACCAAGGAAGAUAAGUCACCUGCCAGGCCCCACGCGCGCCAGCUACCCUCCCUGGACCCGCCGAUGCCCCGCUAGCCUUACCUUGGCCACUGCCUGUUUGCUGCGGCGGCAGGCAGACCCAGGCGCUCCUGGGCGGCCCUCCCAUCCCUGGCCCUCUUUUAUUUACAUUUAGUAGUUGCUCAGCAGGGAGGGGUGGAAACUUCCAGAAAGCUCGCCUUAGCUGCAGACAACAUGCAGCAAUG